AUGUGGCACAAUGGUACCGACGCUCGUCGGCGGUCCAGCGAGCAGCAGCAGUCUCCGCCGCAACAGCACCAAGUGAGCGAGGCGCAGGGCAUUCCAGAUGACAUGCAGGGCGACGUCAUGAACUUCUCUGAUCUGGACCUAGCACAACUCGGACUCCCCUCUGAAAUGGGCAUGAUGGGCACCACAGAGGAACUCCAAGGCAGCCUGUCGGCGAUGCAUCCUUUCGAUGUGAACCCCUCGCACUCGUACCCUGGGUCCUACUCAGGGGAACCUCUUACCUUUGACAACCUGGAUCUAUCCUUUGAUGCCCUUCCGCCGGACGAUCCCAUGACCUCUUUUCACAGCCAAAGUGCAACGCCAGAGAUGCCUCAUACCUGGCUCGACAACGGCAGCAACGACAUCAACAACAGCAGCACCCCUCCUGAGCCGAGGCCACGCAUGCCUCAGGGUACACGGAGUAACGAUUCCCUCCGAUUCAGCCAUCCCUCCAGCCUCGGCAGCCCGCGGCCUCUCAUGGCUUCCCAUCGGCAGCCCACCUUGCCACGGCGAAGAAGUCGAUAUCUCCGAAACAGCGGCGAGCCGGCGACUACGUCGUCAACGCCCCUCACGAUCCCGACGACACCGGCGGCUAUGACGGAUAACGCCCUCGACCCCAUGCAACGAUGGCAGGAGUCGCCGCCAGAGAACGAGGCCGCGUCUCUCAUGGCCAUUGCAGGCGCUCUCCGCCAGCAGCAACGCGAUGCUCCAGGCAUGGCAGCGGCAGCAAACUACAACAGCAGCAGUCGACCGCGUGGCAGCCGGCCCACGUCGCAGAGCAGUUUCGGCAGCCGAACGAGCCACUCGUCGCGGUCCGUCACAUCGGCGCGCUCAUCCAACCUCCCGAGCACCUUGCGGCGGUCCUCCGGAUCCCGUGGCAACCGCAUCGGCCGGCCGAAGCGCGACCGCAGCCCGAACCUCCCGGGCAAGGCACCCAAGGACCGGCGGCCUUUCCAGUGCACCUUCUGCUGCGACACGUUCAAGAGCAAGUACGACUGGGCGCGGCACGAAAAGUCGCUUCACCUGUCCCUCGAGUCUUGGCACCUGCGGCUCGCGCAUAAGCUCGAGACGACGCCGCUCAUCGACGGCUGGAAGGUCGAGGCCCCCGCCGUCGCGGCGCGCUGCGGCUUCUGCGACGCCCGCAUGGCCUCGUGGCCCGAACGCGUCGAGCACCUGGCCCGUCACUUCAAGGCCGGCGCACUGAUGCAGGACUGGGUCGGCGAGCACGGGUUUGACCCCGAGAUUGCCGCCCGCGUCGUCAACGACUUGCCGCCCUACCUCAUCGGCCUCGAGUCGCGCGCCCCCGUGCCCUUCUCGUCGACCGACCCCGGCACCAAGGACCACCUGUCGCAGGUGCACGAGAUUAUCAAGAACCAGAACAGAAUGGCCGGUUCCGAGAGCUGGGCUGGUGAGGGCGCGCAGACGGCUGACAUGGGCGGCGGCGCCGAAGACGCCUACCCGACGGCGGCGGGGAUGGAGCAGUCUUCCGGCGAGGCGCUGCCGGCCACCUUUCACGACACAUUGGCAGUGCACCUCGGCCGAUUCGCGCGGCAUCAGAUGCGCAUGGGUAUCAUACCGACGGAUGAGAUGUUCCGCGAAGAGUCGAGACGGAUCGUCUAUGGUUCGGCGGACCCCUUUGACUGGACCAUUGCCGAAAGCGACCACUGGCUCGCCGGCUUUCGGGAGAGGCAUGUCAAGGGUUCCGAGAGCCCUGCUGCGCCUUGA